CGCUUCUUCGACUCGAAGGGGCCCGGCGGGAGGUGCACGCCCCGGCCCGACGAGGAGGAGGAUGAGGCCGAGGAUCCAGCGGCAGAGGAGGGUGCCCGCGGAAAGACCCUGCUCGAGAUCGAGCCCGCGAAUAUCGUCCAGUACGCGCAUUUUGGGUACGUCUACUGCAUGCAGGUCCUCCCUGCCGCGCAGAUCGGGCUGGGCGCCGGGUCGCUCCUGCUCACGGGCGGUGGCGACGGGGAUGUUAAGUUGUGGGCGAUUGAUCCGAUCACUGGUGGGAUCUCGGAGCUGCGCACGCUCGCUGGUGGCGACUCGGGCGUGCUGAGUAUGGUUGUGAAGGAUACGCUGCUCUACACGGGUCUUACGGACGGCGAAAUACAUAUUUGGGAUCUGGACACCUGCCAGAAGGUCAGGAGUGUGCAGGCGCACUGCGACGACGUGCUUACGCUGGCGGUGAAGGGGGAGUGUAUCUUCUCCGGCAGCGCGAGCGGGUUCACGCGGAAGUGGAAUAUGAGAUUUGAGUGUGUGAGUAGGUGGCGGGCGCACGAGGGGCUGGUGCUGGCCAGUGCGGUGACCGAGAAGAACGGGAGGCUGCUGUACAUCACCGGUGGAAAUGACGAUUGUGUCGGCGUGUGGGACGUCGAGCCGUUUCCGGCGAAGGAGGGGGGCAAGGAGGAGCGCGGCGAGGGUGAGGGCGAGUUGCUCAGUUCGCUGGCGAAGCUGGUGGCGCUCCGGACGGUGAGCUCGGAUCCUAGCUGCGCUGAGGAGUGUCGGAGGGGUGCGACGUUUCUGAAGAGUCUGUGUAAACGACUUGGAGCUGCCGCGUCGCUGCUGCCGACGGAGGACGGUCGCAAUCCGGUGGUGUUUGCAAGGUUUGAGGGUGCGAACAGGAAGGCGGAGAAGGGGAAGACCCUGCUGUUCUACGGACAUUACGAUGUUAUUCCGGCCAGCGCCGAGGGCUCGGGUUGGAAAACGGAUCCCUUCACGCUCACAGGCGUCGAUGGCUACCUCUACGGCCGUGGAGUGAGCGACAACAAGGGACCGUGUCUGGCUGCGCUGUUUGCCGCCGGGGAACUGCUGCAGUCGGGGAAAUUGGAGAGUGACAUCGUCUUCCUGAUCGAGGGCGAGGAGGAGUCGGGAUCGAGAGGAUUCAAAGAUACUGUCAGGAAACACAAAGACCUGAUCGGCAAUGUCGACUGGAUCGUGUUCGCCAACUCGUACUGGCUCGACGAUGAUACACCCUGCCUCACCUAUGGCCUUAGAGGAGUCAUUCACGCCACGAUUACCAUCCAGUCCGAAAAGCCGGACCUGCACUCCGGCGUCGACGGCAGCUCGCUCAACCGCGAGCCAACCAUCGAGCUGAUCACCCUCCUCAGCCACCUCACCUCCCCCACUGGCGAGAUCCUCCUCCCCGACUUCAACGCCCCCAUCCGGCCUCUAUCCCCCGCCGAGGAGCGAAUGUACCUGCCCAUCUCGGCCUCGCUCCACGCCAACCCGACAUCGCCCUUCCACGGCCUGCCCCACCAAGAAAUCACCGACCACCUGAUGUCGAAAUGGCGGUACCCCUCGCUGACCAUCCACCGUGUCGACGUGUCCGGCCCCAGCAACAACAGCACGCUGAUCCCACGGUCCGCGUCCGCGACUAUCUCCCUGCGCAUCGUCCCGGAUCAAUCCGUCUCGGGCGUGACCUCCUCUCUCCGCUCAUACCUCACGUCCUCCUACCCAGGCAGCAACAACCUCUCAAUCGACAUAUCGCACAGCGCCGAAGCGUGGCUGGGCGACUUCACCAACUCGGCGUUCUGCUCACUGCAGCGCGCAAUAACGCACGUGUGGGGCGCACAGCCACUGUUUAUCCGCGAGGGUGGAUCGAUCCCCGCCGCGAGAUUCCUCGAAGAGGAGUUUGGAGCGCCGGCUGCGCAUCUGCCGUGUGGUCAGGCGUCCGAUAUGGCGCAUCUGGAUAAUGAGAGGCUUAGGGUUAGGAAUUUGUUUGGUGCUAGGGAAGUGCUGGGCAGGGUUUUUGAGGAGUUGACGGCUGGGACGGUGGCGGAGAAGGGGGAUGAGAUGACGGUGAAUGGGGUGGAUGUGAAUGGAGCAGAUGAGUGA